ACAUGGCGGAGAACAGCCAAACUGCAGAUGCUGACGGCUCUGAUCUCCGAAUGGUCCUGCUGGGUGUGACCGGCUCCGGGAGGAGUUCUGCUGGAAACACACUCCUUGGUCGCUCUGCGUUCUGGACGGACACGUCCUCGGUGUCGGUCACCAGCCGGUGUCAGAGGGCAGGGGGUGUGGUUGAGGGGCGGAGCCUGCAGGUGAUUGACACCCCGGGCUUUUUCCACACCUGCCUAAGCCCGGAGGAAGUGCGCGUGGAGCUGAGCCGCAGUGUGGAUCUGCUGGCCCCGGGGCCGCAUGUGUUUGUGCUGGUGCUGCGGCCCUGCAGGCUGACCCCGGAGCAGUGCGCGUCUCUGCACUGCACCCGCGCCACGUUCGGCCCGCACGCGCUCACACACACCAUCGUCUUACUCACAUGCAGAGAUGCACUCGGCUCCAAACCGGCGGAGGACUUCCUAAAGGAGAGCUCGGAGCUAUGGGAGUUUGUGAGCGAGUGCGCCGGCGGAUUCCACGUCUUCGACAACACUAAAGCUCACGAGGACAGGUCACAGGUGUCGGAGCUGCUUCAGAAGGUGGAUCGGCUGGUCGAGCGUAAUAAAGGAUCUCAUUACACCGCAGACAGGCUCCUGCAAGCCCAGGCGGACAUUCUGCAGAUCCAGCAGAGGAUUCUGGGAGAGGGGGCGAGGCCUGUGGCUGAAGUCAGGACGCUGAGGAGGAGGAGUCUAGGAGGAGGGCGGAGCGUGUGUUCUGGUACGAGCUGCUGACGGCGGUGGGCCGCGGGGCGGUGGAGGCGUCAGGGGUGAUGGAGAAGGGGAAGGGCAAAGGGAAGAAGGUGAAGGCGGUGCAGAGGGCGGCGGCCAUCGCUGCCACACCGCUGUCAAUCAACACCGCUGCUAAAGUUGUGGGUGGAGCCAUGAGGGAAGGGGCCAAAAUACUGGACAAACAUAAGAAGACAUUCCUGCGCUGACACACAUACAGUACACACACACACACACACACACACACACACACACACACACAUACAGCUGAAGACUAAAUCCUUCAGCCUCAAGUGACAAUUGUAUUCAUUGUUUAUUGUGUUUAAUAAAUCGUCUCACCAUUAAACAGAACCCUACUGAAAAAAA